AUGUAUGGAUCUUUUACUCGCACUCGAGAAGAGAUAGAAUUCCGUAAACAAAGAGCGGAAACAUACAAAAAACUUGUUAAAUUAAAUGAUAGCACUUGGAAACGCUACUCAAAAAAGCAGGAAGAUGAUUUCGAUGAUUUACUAGGUGUAGCCGUUGACGAUGGACCACAAAUCAACAUGAAAGGAAUGAGUCCAACUGAUGUUAUGAAAGCUACUAAGUCAUGCUAUCAAAGAUUGUCAACAUUAACAAGAGAAAAUAAAGAUCAGAUCAUUAAACAAAUUAAUUCUGUUAAGCUCAACAAAUUCUUAGAGGAAACAUGCUCCAAUUUACUUUCCGCUAAGUUAUCUACUUAUGACAUUCCUGCAUUCGUCGAGGUCAUAUCAAUUCUCCAUAGCUACUAUAAAGAAUUCAUUCCUCUUAUCGCCCCUCGCAUUGUCAAAAACUGCAACAAUCAAGACGAUGUAGCACGUCGCAGAAACUUCAUUUAUUUAUACAUUGAUUUACUCAUUGUUCAUGCAGUUCGCGAGACAGAGCCAUUUUCGAGCAUAUUCCUCGAAUCAUUACAAAGUGAUAUCACUUCUCAGAGCUACUCUAACUUCACUUUCAUCUGGAGUAUCAUUAAAUACGCCGGUGGUGAUAUUUUCGGCGUUUCAAGAGGUCAGGAUACAAUUAUCGAUGCUAUAUUCCCAGAAAAUCCAAUCUGUCCAAUGAGAAAAGAAAUUUUCGGAUAUUUCAAAUCUUUAUUAGAUGCAAUGAAGCAAAAAAUGGAUCAAGGCCGCGAAAACUUCGAGCAAGCAUACUACUUGAUUGCCAGAUUAGGCUCAAUUAACUCGGGAUACAUGCAAGAUGCGAAAGAAGAACGUAAAGAGUACGAAGAGUACAUGGAGAAGGCCAAAUGCAUCGGAUUCCUCGUAAACAAGCCAGUUCCAGAUGAAUGGGUUGACCAGGAAGAAAUGUCCGAGUUGACAACCAUCGAUGGCGUCAUUAAAAUUCCUUCUAGGAUCAUUGCUGAGGUCGCCAAGGAGAAGGAAGAUAAACCAGAGACACAAGUGUUCACACCAUCGAUGAAUGACAACUUUUACGAUGUUAUAGCUGAUAUGGAAGUUCGUUUGUUGGAACCACUCGGCUACGAUGUCAUCCAAGUCAGGAAAGAAGCCGAUCGCGCUACAGAUUCCCAGAGAAUUGAUACUUUGGCCAGACAUUAUCAUCUUAUUGACACUCCAGAAGACAGGAAGAAGCUUAUCGAGCUGUUUUCCAACAUUAAUAAAAAUAAAGGUAACCAGGCCAGGUAUCUUGCAAGAUUUGUUGCAGAUAUCAGUCAAGUUUUCACAGAAGUUGGCCAAGAGAUCUCUGAAAACCUUUUCGAUGAGUAUAAGAGGUUUAUUCUUGCAGCAUCCUCCCCAAGAAUUGCUUCACAGGUCGCUUCCAAGCUUCAUCUCGCAAGAUAUAUCGCAGAACUCGCUCAUUUCAAGAUUGGCAUCGAAGAAUACUUCAAAUGCAUCGACUUUACACUAGAUAAAUUCCGUCCACGUACAGCAGAAAUGCUUUGUACCUUGAUAAAUAUCGCCGGAAAAUUCUUCGACUCCUACUGCGACCAAACACAUACAAAUAUUCGUCGCGUUAUUGAGGAACUCUCAGCGCGUAAGUCUGAGAUCGCAACUCAUCAAUACGCCCUUAUGAUGGUCGAACAAACGAUAAAUUCGAUCAUUCCUCCAGAAGUAGAAGCAGAACCAGUCUUCUAUUCGAAUGCCGUUAACGAGUACCAAGCAUUCCUCAUCUACGUCUUCAAGAACGAGAUCGAAACUGAAGCCAAACCGAAAAAGUUGAUCAGAUACAUAGAAAAGCUCCUUAUCAAACCAGAGAAGACUAAGAUAGACUUGACAUUCAUCUUCAAGCUUGUUUUAGACUUCAAUUCCUUCUCUGCAGCACAACUUACUCAAUUAGCAAAUUUCGUUGCAGAAUUCUCCAAGCUCUACCCUAAUUUCGGUAUCCAAGUUGCAGAUAUCGUCAGCGAAAGGAUCCACAGAUUCCUUGAAUGCCCCUCAACAAACUACAAACAGAGAUUAGUAAUGGAAUCACGUUUCCUUGCAGAACUCGCUGUCAAAAACGUAGUUUCGUACGAAGAUGUCUUGAAAUUCAUGAAUUUCAUUCUUUCCUUCAAUGUUCCAAAUCCAAGGCAUCUCCUGAUCAAAGUUGAGAAGCCAAAGAAGUCACAAUCGAAGGACAGCACGACAAGAGAUUUCCAUAGAAUAUUCGUUGUUAUAAGAAUGUUGGAAACUUUGAUGGGAAGAACUACAAAUCCGAAAUACAACGACCAGAUAGCGAAACUGAUCAAUCACGUGCAGUUGUAUACUAUCACAAGAUCUCCAAUCCCUGCAACAGUAGCUUUCAGAAUUUCGGACCUCUUGGAUUACAUAGCUUUAGAAAAAAAGGAUAUUAAUGCAAAAGUGACAAAAAUUGAGACCACUCAACAAGCUCGACUUAUAAAUGAGGAUCCUCGCAGUACAUACGAGAUACGGUUCUUGAAGAGACCUCUACAGAUAGUAACAAACAUUCUCAAACUUACUCCGGAGCUAUCUGAUGAAGACGAAGACGAAGAAGAUUUUAAUGAGUAUGAAUUGUACGAAACAAAGUUCAACAGAGAAAGAGCAGAGUUCGUGGACUUACUCGAACAGAAUACAAAGGCAAAGAAUGCUCAACAUGAAAAGAUUACAAUUCCUCUUGAUUUAAUGAGCAAACAAGAAGAAUUCUUCCCAAGAAUUUCAUCCCAAUCAGGACCAGCAGGACCAAUCGACUUUUACACGUCUAAUAAUAAGUUUAUUACUAUUGAUCCUGCAGAUAUAAUGAAAUAA